CCCUGGAUGUGCUGACAAAUUUCCGGCAAAAAAGAAUACAAUCAAUGACUACACAACCAGGAAGGGCUACGCUUCCGGAAAAAUAUUGAGCGCAGUUUUUUAAUCCAUAUCUAGCAAUUAAUAUGCAUAAUGGCGACAGAUAGGUCUGCAUGAAAUGCAAAUGAUCUCUUUGGAUAAAUAGAGAAGCUUUCGCGAAGAAUGCAUGUGGAGCUAACACAGAGGGUGGAAGGACUCAAACAGUUCGCCCUUCAGUGAAAGUCGAUAGACAGUAGGCGAGCUUUAUCCGUGGCUGGGAUCCGCACCGCUAGAGCCCAACAGGCACUCAGACAUGGCGAAGACCUUGUUCAAAAACUCCAGAAAGGGAGACAUUAAUGACUAUUAUACCAUCGAAGACGGAGAACUUGGAAGAGGAGCCUCGUCUGUGGUAAAGAAAGGCCGGCACAAGGGAACCAACAAUGAGUACGCUAUUAAGAUAAUAACCAGAACAGUUGAUCAAAAAAUAAUUGCUACUGAAAUUGACAUCCUCUUACACAUGAAACAGCACUGCAAUAUUAUUCAGUUACACGAGAUCUUUGAAACGCCAUCACAUAUUUACAUGGUCCUUGAGUUUGUUGAAGGAGGUGAACUGUUUGAAAGAAUUGUAGAAAGGGGUUAUUACUCUGAAAAAGAUGCAGCCGAUGCAGUCAGACAGAUAUGCGACGCUUUAGCUUAUAUUCAUAAACACAAAAUCAUUCACAGAGAUCUUAAGCCAGAAAAUCUCUUGUACGCUAAUAAAAAGGAAGACUCAGCCUUAAAAAUUGCAGAUUUUGGGUUGUCAAAGAUGCUUUAUGGUGAGCAGUGCAAUACAGCAACAGUGUGUGGAACCCCUGGAUACUGUGCUCCUGAAGUUCUCAAGGGCAAUCCAUAUGAUACUAAAGUUGACAUGUGGGCUGUUGGUGUUAUUGCUUAUAUACUAGAGUGUGGCAGGUUGCUUUUAGAAGAUGGAUGUGGGUUUAUUGGUGCAAUAAAUAAUGAAUUUUCAGGCAAUGGGAACAUCUCUAUUAUCUCAGGCAAGGCUGCUAAACGGGACAAAAUGGACCAGAAGUUCUUCGACAAAUUGAACGAAUUUAAUGCCAGACGAAAACUAAAAGGAGGGAUGAUCGGUAUAAUGGCAUUAACCAGUGCAUUUAAAUCAAAGUAAUAAGUUUUUUUUUUUUAGACAACGGUGCAUGGGACUUCACGGUCGUGAAACAUAUAUCUUUACUUAAUGCUCUACGAGCUACGACGAACAGUUGUGCGACCGAAGUUGUUCAGGAACUUUUCAGUUUGUGAAAGCAUAUGCACGCGUUCCUGUUUCUGACUUUACGUCUUCCGGUGUUUUGUAAAAUUUUUUUUUGUUUUAUUUUUUUAUCGCGACUGAUUUUUUGUUUGCUGUUUUGUAAUGUAACUCCAAAUCUGAUAUGAACUGUUAAAAAUAUUAAUAUAACAUUACCUAAUAGACAAGGAUUGCCGGCGAAAUUACCUACAGGCUAGAAAGCCUCUCUCAAAGUACAAAAGUUUUCCAUUUAAUUACUUUCCUUAGUCAGAGUCUAUUUGAAUCUCCUACGUGGUUUCUGUGACGUUCUUUGUCCGAAACACGUGAAGAUACAUAAAUCUUGGGUCCUUCAUGACAGUAAGUUACAAUUUGAGGGCUCUUAGAAUGAAAUCAAACAAACUUAAUUUGAUUCUUUAAGAAAACGUACCUACAGAUUAACUAACAUUAAAUUGGUUGCUGAAAGAUUAUCCUA